AGACGCAGAGGCGUCGGAUAUAGUUUCUGUGCACUGUGGACCCCUACUGAUUCGCUUCUAUUGAUUCCGUCGUGUGCAUCAUUCUGCCGCCGUACCUGUAUAUUUCUUGAUACAGUGAUUUAUAUAAUAAUAAAAUCGUCAUUUAAUAUCGUGUUUUAUCAAGAUAAAUUAAGAAGAAAGUGAAAAGGAUAUAAAAUGACUCCGGAGGGCUAUACUCGUGUCUACGUUGGUGGACUCAAUGAGAGCAUCAAAAAAGAAGAUCUACAGAUGGAGUUUGAAAAAUAUGGCAAGCUUAACAAGGUUUGGGUGGCCUUCAAUCCUCCAGGCUUUGCCUUCAUCGAAUUUCUGAAUAUGAAUGAAGCAGAAUUGGCAUGCAAUAGUAUGAAUGGCACAGAAAUAAUGGGUGUCAAGUUAAAAGUGGAAAUUUCACGUGGUAGAGGUCGUGGCGGAGGUAGGGGUGGUAUAGGAUUCAGAGGUGUUCGUGGUACUACUGGUAGGGAUUUCGGUUCUCGGGGUGGUGCUAGUAUGGGUUACAGAGGAGGCAGUACAUAUGGAGAUUAUGGGGGCAGCUAUUAUGCAGGCAGGGGUGGUGGAAGUAGAGGUAGAGGACGCUAUGGAGAAGAUUAUAUGUCCAAUCGUACCGGUGGGUAUGUUACUCGAGAUGGAUAUAUGCAAGAUGCCUACGGUGCUACUAGCGGAGACACUGGCAUGGAAUACUACACUGGCAAGGAUACCAGCACAUCGAGGUACCGAAGCCGCUCUCCGGCUGGCCGUGGCAGUCAUCGUCAUCUACGUGAAUGCACAUAAAAGAACUACGCUGCGUUGCCAAUCUGAACUGCGGGCCAAUCACCCACCCGCCUCGACGACUACAUUUCUAUCCAAUCUACGCAGCGACGUGUAUAUAAACAAGAACGACCACUGCAGUUUAUGCUGCAAAAUAUAUUUGCAUUAUAUGAUCUGAUGUGACAGAUUGUGGUCGUUGCCACUUUUCUUAAUUAACAGUUCAUAAGAUUCUGUAAAAGUUCUAUGCUCGAUAUGAAACGGGGAGAAAGAUAAGACUCUAUCUGUCGGCAUUUAGAGCCUUAACUCAUAAGAGUUAUAAUUAUUUGUGAAUUCCAAUUUAUCUCUUGGCAAAAUAUGCCCAAUUUCUUUAUAUUUUAUAAGGUACAUUUUUUACAUACACCAUGGGUCAUAGAUUAAAUUUGUUUAAUAGUUACAUCCAUGGUACUUAUGCAAGUUUAGAAACAUAUUUGCAUUUUUUCUACUUGCCUGAAGGUAGUGAAGAAUGGAGAUAAAUUAAGCUUGUUAUAGUAACCAUGAAUUUUGUAUAAUUAGAUACCGCGUCUCUGCGUGAAUACAGUCUUUCCAAACUCUCGUUUUCCAGUAUAUUGAUGGUAAUUCUGAGUACAGUCUUCAUAUAUCUAGUUAAAAUCUUGCUUAUGAUCGUGCGUGUAGAAACGUUUUUAUAUAGGUCCAAAAGGGAAAAAAAAAAAAAAAAAAAAACCUAUGCGCAAUACAACCAAAUGCAAACUGCUGCUCGUAUAUGGCCUAUCGUGCUAAUGCACAAAGAAAUAGUCCUGGCCCCAAAAAAUUUUGAUACACAGAUAGUGUGUGCAAUCAAAACUACGAGAUUGUGAGACGAUAUCGCAGGCUAUACUCUAUGCUUCUUUCUAGCAAUAUAUGUGCAUAAACAGUCCUGCAUUUGGAAGCAUCUAUGAGCGUCUCCUUCUAUUUUUUUCGGACUCUGAAAGAUAAAAUGAUAAAAUUACGGUAAUGUUUUACCUCGACUGUACAUGACUUGGAAUUGGAAACGUAUUAAAUGAUUUGCGCUCA